AUGAUGUUCUUCGCUCUUGCCCUACCUCUCCUCCAGCUCGCGGCUGCUGCCCCUGCCGCAGAUGUGGCAGUGCCAAACAUCACUGAUGCUCUUGAGAAGCGUGGUGAUGGCUCGGGCGUACACCUUGUGAACUGUGAUGGUUUUUCGGGCGAGGGUACAAUUUUACCCAAGAGUUCCCACGUUGUUUACUGCCCGAAUGAUGGCAACUGCAACUUCCAGCCCUCCGGAGACAAUAUAUGCACUAUGGGAGAGAACUUCUGGUUCACAUGGGAGGGGCAAGCUCAAGCCUGUACAUUUUCUUCUGGCGUUCGCUUUUCUUGGUUUAUUGACGGCGACGCACAGUCGCAACCAAACUUCCAGCAUGUUGGCGAUGGCGGUAACCAAUUCCGGGCAUACGCGGGUUUCAAGGACGAUCAGCACACGAUGUUCUCCUUGGGAAAUGGCCAAUGCCAUUCUAUCUACUACUUUAUCUAA